GGAAUAUGUAUUAGUCUAGGAUAAAUAUUCUGACAUGGCAUUGGUUGAAAACUUUGUUACAGUAGUUGGAGUUUUAACUAUUCUCCGCUUUUUCUCCAGAUUUGUGGAAACUGUUGCUCGCAUAAUCAACGAGUCAUUGUGGAGUAAAACCUUUGAUUUUAAGAAGUUCGGGACAUGGGCGGUCGUUACUGGUGCUAGUGACGGAAUUGGAAAAGCGACGUCAUAUGAACUUGCUAAAGCUGGAAUGAAUUUGGUGAUCUUGGCUCGUACGAAGUCGAAACUUGAUAAAUUUGCUGACGAAUUGCGACAAAGUUUUAACGUUCGUGUUAUUGUUAUAGCAGUUGAUUUUUCAAAUGGUGAAGAUAUUUAUGAUGUCAUAAAUGAAGAAUUGAGGGAUCUCGAUAUUGCAUUGUUGGUUAACAAUGUCGGCAUGGCGUUCGGAAAACCUAUGUCUUUCAUGGACGUUCCAGAGUACAGAAAAUAUUCUACUAAUGUUGUGAAUGUCAAUGUCUUGGCUGCCAUGAAAAUGACAGAAAUCGUUUUGCCAAAUAUGGUCAAAAAGGGGGGUGGGAUUAUAACUAACAUAUCUUCGCUUGUUGCCUCUAUGAAUGGAGCAUAUUUUUCAGUUUAUGGGGGUUCAAAAGCAGCUAUCAACGCUUAUACAGAAGCGAUGCAGAAUGAAUACUCAAACAAAGGAAUAAUUUUUCAACUCAUUGCUCCAGGUUUGACAGUCACACCAAUGGCAUUAACAUACACUGACUUAAAACCAAAUUUGUUGAUCCCGGUUUCAGAGUUGUACGGAAAACAUGUUGUCAAAUCACUGGGAAAAUCGUCUCACACAAAUACAGGAUUCUUUGGACAUAAUGUGUUUAAGCUUUUCAUAAAUCUCAUCCCAGAUUUCUUAGCUGCAAAGAUAAAUGGAUCUGAAGCAGCAAAAUUUAAACCUAAUAAAUAGGAUGAAUUUAAUGAAAUGUUGACUUUGUGUAUGUUGUGUAACUUGUGUUAUAGUUUUGAGGUUUAAAAAAAAGCUAGAAUCGUUGAAAAGUAGUGUUGAAUUAUAUAGUGAUACCUUGGUAGUCGAAUAAAUUCGUUCUGGAUUGGUGUCGGAGUACCGAAACUUAUGGUGAUUAUUUUAAACACAUUCCAAAAUACCGUACUCGAAAUAUUGAGAAAUUUUUUUCAUAACAUAAAAAAAAAUACCAACAAGAUUAACAACAACUUAUUACCAAAACGUUCCACUUGGGCCCAUUUAGUGUCCAAUAAUUUAAAAAACUUACAUUUAAAAAGUAAUUGGACCAUGAUCCCUGCUAGAUAGGAAUUCUAGAAUACUUAUCUGCUCAUAACCCAUUCUACCUCUAGUUGCCAGAUUUCUCCUUGCAUAAUAUUCAGGUACAUUUCAGCAUAUAAUUCUAUUGAAAUUAGUUGUGUAUUAUUUGUGGAAAGUCAUGGUAUUCUAUAUUGUUUCACUAUCUAAUUAAUUUGUUUCUAAUUUGUGAA